AUGACAAGUGAAAAUCCGGCAGAAAGUGUUACAACGACUGAUGCAAUAAAUGCUGAUUUUAAAGCUGCAGAUCAACAAGAAGAACCAGAAGUAGAACAAUCGGAAAGUGCACAAGUUGAGAAACCAAAACGUGGCGGACGAAAAAAACGAGAGAUUACAGCAGCAAUCUCGGACGUUAAAGCUGAACACGUGAAUAAUGAACACGUCGUGGAUACGCAACCGCUAUUCGAACAACCGGUUAUACUUGAAGGAAAACGCUCACGCAAACCAACGUCACGUUUGGAAUUAUCGGAUUUAGAAACACCUAAGAAAGAAUUUUCUAUUCCCCAGGGUCACGGAAAGCCAUUAGGAGACAUUGAAUAUAUUAAUCAUCAAAUUACUCAUGCGACAACCGAUGCUUUGUCUCCCAUGCGUGGUAUAUGUUUCGGUCGACGAGGAAGCAAGGCAAAUAUGCGAGAAAGUCUUCGAGAAUUCAAUGGAUUUGAAUUCGAUAAAGAGAGUGAUGAAUAUCACCGACAUUUAACCAGUUUGACGAAAUGGAAAAAAGAUCAAUUACAAUCAACACUAGACAUACUUGGUUUACCAGUAACUGGUCAGAAUGAUGAACAGGCUGAGCGAAUUUUAACCUUCCUUAUGAAUCCAAUUGAUGAAGGAAAGCCAGUUCCAGAACAGAAAAUGUCUAUGCGACCAGUGAGAACAUCACGUGUUUAUUCAAAAGGGCCUAUUCAGGACGAAGAUGAUGACGAGGAUGAUGCUAUUGUCAACGAUGAUGACGGCGAUGAACUUUUUAAUGAAGAAGAAGUCGAAGAAGAAGAUGCAGAAGAAAAUGAAUCUGAUGAUGAUUAUAUUGGCAGCGAUGAUGACAGUGUUUUGAUGACAAAAGAUGAUCCUGAUGAUUUUGCUUAUCAACCCGGCAAGAAAACUCCGAAGAAAAGAACAUCAUUGAAACGAUCACGAAGUGCAAUUACUCCCAAAGUAACAAAACGUGGCCGCAAAAGAACUAAAGUAACAUCUGUUUCAAAGGCUGAGAAUGAAGGAACAAUUGUUCCUCCAGUUGCCGAUGAAUCAAAACAAAAUAACGAUAAAAAAGCCGACCAGGCGGACGAAGAAAAUUCUUCUGCAGAGUCUAAAAACAGUGAUUUAACAAUUGAUCAAUCCGAACAAAAUGACACGAAACCAGCAAGCAAUCCUACUUCAGAUGUUAAUGUAUUUCCAACGACAAGUUAA